AUGGAGCGGACCGAUAGCAUCGCCAGCCACUACUUCCCCGGAUCUUCCAACGGCUACUGGACAUUCUGCACACAAGUCGACAAGCGACUCAUCAAGAUCUUCAUGGAAACCUGGCGCGACGAGAUCCAACCUCUCCUCCACAUCGAAGGCAUAGAUCGCGCCGCCCUAGCAGACAUCAACUUCGUGAUGCAGAAUAUCAUCGAUGCUAUGAGUCGGAGGGGCGGCAACGCGCUCGGUCUCGCUGGGAAGGGACCGUUCCUCUUGUACCUGUGUGAGACGUACUGGAUGGAUCGCGAGCAGAGCCCUCACAUAUGGGAGGCGCUGCGAGCUACGGCUGAUAGGACGAAGGAGGAGGCUGAGCGGCUGGGGCUGUAUCAUAGCUACAUCUACCUGAAUUAUGCCAACCCGUACCAAGAUGUUUAUACUAGCUAUGGAGCUGGAGCAAAGGCGUUCUUGAAAUCGGUGAGUAAGAAGCAUGAUCCGGAAAGGUUCUUCCAGAGGCAGAGAGGAGCGGGUUGGAAUCUUCAUGGCGAUCUUGUUUCAACGACAGGGGUCGAUCCAGCCCAUGGUGUGGUUCUUAAAGGGAAAUUUUGA